AUGACUGCUCAAGCUGCCAAUGCAGAAGAAGUGGCAGUGUCCAAGUGCCAAACUAACGAAUUCGCGUGCAAGGAUGGCGAGUGCAUUGACAAUGCCCUGAUGUGCGACGGCAAUAAGAACUGUGCUGAUGGAAGCGAUGAGACGUUUGAGGCGUGCCACGACUUCAAGUGCGACAAGCUUCGUUGCAGCUACGGCGGCUGCAUCGAUAGCAACAAGAUCUGUGAUAAGAAAAAUGAUUGCUGGGAUGGCACAGAUGAGAACGUUUUCGAAUGUAGUGAGGGAAAUACAUUGUACUCCUGGAUUCGUGGCGAAUGCGAAAUCCAGCCAUACAGCCAGUUUCAGUGCAGGGAGUCAAAAGAAUGCCUGUCCUAUGCUGAGCUCUGUGAUGGCGUUGUGAACUGUCGCGAUGGAUCGGAUGAGUCGCUUGAGCUUUGUAAGGCCACCCAUUGUCUCAGCGGCUCCUUCCGAUGUGCGUACGGCGCCUGCAUAUCCAAGACUGCGGCAUGCAAUCAUUUGGUCGACUGUCGCGAUGGCUCCGAUGAGAUAUAUUCCAUAUGCAGCAAGGUCUCGGGCGAGCCGUGGUACGUAUAUCCUUGGCAAAAAGAGGCCAUAUCAAGGCUAGCUACAACCACCACCACCACCACCACCACCACUACAGUCCGGACACCGACAUCGGAUGAGAAGAGCUGCAAGGUGUUCGGCUCCAACUUGCGGCUAAAAUCGAUUUACAAUGGUCUGCCAUAUUUGGGCGACGGCACCGUGCCCCACCAGACGACGGUGCGGCUCAGCUGCGGCCACAAAUCUCUGCUGCAGGGCAGCGAUGUGAACACCUGCGACAACGGCGAGUGGAAGGCGCCUUGGGCCGAGUGCAUCAACGGCUGCAAGAGCAGCACGAUCACAAAUGAUCGCAGCAUCCAAGCCAUCUGCACUUACCAGCAAGAGAUCGUCGACUGCUCCGCAUUGCUGCACCCUCCCACAACCGUUGCCAUCACGAGGUGUGCCCAGGGCUAUAGACCCAGCGGAUCUAUUGAUCGGGGCGAAAUCGAGUGCAAGGCAAACGGCAAUUGGCGCAGGCGCAAUGCACAUUCGCCAAAACUCAAGUGCGUUCCCGACUGUGGCAGGACGUUUGACACAGUCAAGGAGCAUCCGUGGGUCGUCAGCGUAUUUAGGCGCGUGGGAUAUGACAGACAUGAGUUUCAGUGCCUGGGCACCAUUAUAGAUCCAUACUACGUGCUAACUGCGGGCAGUUGCUUCCAGAGGAUGUACAGCACAACAGAUUAUUCCAUUAUCAUGGGCAAUCACUCAACGAGCUUCAAUUCGAAUAGGGAGCACGGCUACGAUGUGCGCCACAUUAGCCUAAUAAACCGCUACUUCAAGCCUCUGGUGCUGAUUAAAAUGGUAAAUCCGUUUAUACUCUCGGCGAAAGAGCGACCCAUUUGCCUUAAGGAAACGGAUUAUGUUUACCAUGGAACGCAGCCACUGCUUCUGGGAACGCCCCUAUACAAAAAUGAAACCAUCUCCUCUCUGGCAUAUAUUUCAAGUGGCGAUACGAUUAUCAAUUUCAGGGACUAUCGUGAGAAAAUUAUUGAUGAAAUACGGCAGUAGAGAUUUGUCUACUGAUAACUA